CGGACGGACAGGUCAUCUGUUCUGAGAGCGGUGGGUCUGACAGCUGUGGCGGAGGCAGAGCUAGCUCGCUAGCUUCCCAUCCCGAAGAAAGGAGACAGGAGGCCUGUCGUGAGGGGUAAGAUGUCAGAAGGAACUAAUGAGAGGUCUCCAUUGCUCCGGGUCUCCUUAUCGCCACUUCCCACUCUGUCUUGGUCUCUGUUGCUCUUCCUGAGUCUCCUGUCUUCUUCACAGGCAUCAAGUUGUGUGAGGCCGUUCUCCAUCCAGCACGGCCGAGUGAAUGUGACCGAGACCAACAGAGGCUCAUUUCCUGUGGGCACUGUGCUCCAGUACAGCUGUGAUUCAGGAUACACUGUGGAUGGUCCCAGCAUCGUCAUCUGCACCAGAGAGGGUCUCUGGUCUUCAGGAACCCCACACUGUUUACACAAUAGCUAUCAGUACACUGUAGAUCAGUGUAAUCCUCCGUUGGAGCCGGAGAACGGAGGCUAUACCUGCCACCCGUCUCCAUGUCAUCACCUGUCUCAGGGCACAGUGGUGGAGUACUUCUGUGACGAGGGCUACACACUGAAGGGUGGCCAGAAAUACCUCACCUGUCAGAAUGGAGAGUGGGACCACUCCAUGCAGGUCAACUGUGUGCCCACUCAAGGUUGUGUGAGGCAGUUCUCCAUCCAGCACGGCCAAGUGAAUGUGACCGAAACCAACAGAGGCUCAUUUCCUGUGGGCACUGUGCUCCAGUACAGCUGUGAUUCAGGAUACACUGUGGAUGGUCCCAGCAUCGUCAUCUGCACCAGGGAGGGUCUCUGGACUUCAGGACCCCCACGCUGUUUACACAAUACAUUGUGUGGUCCUCCGUUUGAGCCGGAGAACGGAGGUUAUAACUGCCACCCGUCUCCCUGUCAUCACCUGACUCACGGAACUGUGGUGGAGUACUUCUGUGAUGAGGGAUACACACUGAAAGGGGACUACAAAUACCUCACCUGUCAGAAUGGAGAGUGGGACAGCGCAGUGCAGAUCAGCUGUGUUCUCAGCCAGGAAAAGAACGCAUCUCCUGUGCUGGGCAUGAACACACUGUCCAUCGUGGCAUCCACUGCCAGCUCUGUGGCUCUGGUCCUACUGCUGGUGGUCCUGUUUGUUUUACUGCAGCCCAAACUGAAGUCUUUCCAUCAUGGAAGGCGAGAUCAGGGAGGCUCAGGGCAGCCCGUGACCAUCAUGGUGGAGGGCGUUCAGGUGACGCUGCCAUCAUACGAGGAGGCUGUUUCUGGAGCUGGAGGUCCUGCUGUGCCCAGAACUCACCUGAACCCACAGCUGGAGUCUUUAGAUCAGCCUCCUGCAGAGGACUCCUCCUCCUCCUCACACGCUCAGCUGGCAGAGAUCGCAGUGGUGCAUCGGCCUCCCUCCUCUUCCUCCUCCUCCUCCUCCUCCUGGUCUCUGGACACUGUGCAGGGGGCAAUGGCAGCAUCCGCAGCGCUGCAGCACCAUAACCCGGAGACCAGUCAGCAGAACAGUAUGCUGUCUCUACACAGCCCAGAGCAGGACACGGCGGAUGACAUUCCCCUACUGAAGGAAUCCUGAGAGUCUGUGGACCCUGAUCCUCCAGGCUGAAGCUCAGCCAGAACUCCGGGGCCACGGAGGCUGCAGCCCUGCAGGCCUGAGCGCUGUGAUCCCCUUCUGUGCUGCACCUGUACCAGACUCAGCCCCGCCCAUCUCAGGUGAUAUUCAACUAGACCCGCCCCCCCACGCCCAACUGGUACCAUGAUACAGACCAGUCAAGAUCUCCCAGCUCUUUAUACACACACACACACACACACGUACAUACGUAUCCCCUACAGUUCAGACGGUCCCUCUGCACCCCUGAGGUGUGUGUGAUGGAGACGUAGCAGAGAGACACAGCACUGUACAGAGAGACACAAAACAACAUAAAGCCUUCAGAUAUUAAUAAUAAUAAUAUUUUAUUAUUGAACAAAUUCUGUGAUCUGUGUUUCCUAAUGGAUCAAAAACCCCACAGUGAUCACAGUGAAGCAAUGCCACACCCACCCAAAUACCCCACUAAACCCCACCUAUCUAUCCCACUAAACUCCACCUACAUACCCUAUAAAAACCCACCUAUUUAACCCACUAAACCACACCUAUCUAUCCCACUAAAACUCCACUUUCCUACCCUACUGAACUCCACCUACUUAACUAAAACCCCACCCAAAUACUCCACUAAACCCAACCUAUCUAUCUCGCUAAAUUCCACUUAUCUAUCCCACUAAACUCCACCUACAUACCCUAUAAAAACCCUACCUAUUUUUCCCACUAAACCCCACUUACCCACCCCACUGAACUCCACCUACGUAACUAAAACCACACCCACCUAUCCCACUAAACCCCGCCUACCUACAUACCUCUCUAAACCCCACUGAUCCCACUGAACUCCGCCUACCUGCCCUACUAAACCUCACCUAUCCCACUGAACUCCAUCUACCGAACCUACUAAACCCCACUCAUUUUACUGAACUCUACCUAUCCCACUAAACCCCACCUACAUAUCCUACAAAACCCCACCUAUCUACCCACUAAAAACCACCGACCUCUCACUAAACCCCACCUACAUACCCCACUAAACUCCACCUACUCCAAUGAACUCCACUUACCCCAAUAAACUCCACUUACCUGUCCCACUAAACCAAUCUACUUAACUAAACCACACCUACAUACCCCACUAAACCCCACUGAAUCCCACCUACCUACCUCACUGAACCCCACCUACUUAACUAAACCCAGACCAACCUAUGCCAUUAAACCCCACUUACCCCGCUGAACUCUGCCUACCCCACUACACCCCAUCUACCUACCCCACUAAUCCCCACCUACCUACCCCACUGAACUCCACCCCACCUUUAUGUACACAAGCAGGGCACCACUCGACAUUGUGAAUGAUGCAUGGAACACUUGUGCACUGAGAGGUUUUCUUUGUUCCUAAUUUUUUAAAGACUUGAUUGAAUGCGUCCAUCCCACCUGUAGCAAAUUAGUGGCAUGUUAAAAAAAAAAAAAAAAAAAAUGUUUUGGUGUAUACACCCCGGAAAACACCGUGAUAAGGGCUAUUUUUACCCUCAUCCUUUUCCAUCUGCGUUCAUUUGCCACUGUCAGACAUAUUAGUUAAAAGAGUAAAAAUCUUGUAUUUUGAUCUUUGAUGGAGAAUUGGCUGCUGGACAGGUUUAAAAGUUAUCAUGCAUUAUUUUAAAUAUAUUUCCUGACUAUAUAAGUAAAAAUACAAGUAAUUAUUGACCAAUCUUUCUUAAUUUUAAAAUGGUUUGAGAGGUUGAGGGUUGUUACAGUGUCAUGGUUUCACGGUUCAUCACAUAGUGUUCUUCUUUUUCUUCUUCUUUUUAAACUAAAUGACUAAAAUCUACUUCAAAAUGUUCACAGUUAAGAUGUAUGUGUCCACCAUUGGUGGAUCUCAGCCCACACUAGCCACCACCUUGUAUUUCUUGAUUCAAACAGAAAUACAUUCUGCUUAAUUUAAAGAUUCACCGAGUUAUAAACAUCCCUUUGCUCCUUUUUAGCUUAAUCGUUUUUAAAAAAAGUGAUGUGCAUACUUUUUUAAGUGUCUUUCUUCAGUUUAUUGCUGAAUAAUAUUAAUAUUGACGCUCGACAAUAAGCAGGGCUAGCUGCUUGGCUAAGAAUUUCUUCUACAGUUGUUUUAAAGAUUUUCUUCCGCUAUAACUAAGGCUGUAUCUCUGAAAACAUUUUGUCCUUUGAGUUUUAAAGCUGUAAAAUUGACUGUGGGGGAAAAGGCAGGUAGGCAUUUUUUGCAGCAGUGCUGUUAGCCAAUCAGAGGCGAUACUGUAUGUUUGCAUGUAUGAAUAUUCAUGAGCAAGAGCCAAAUCCUGUCUUUCUUCAGAGACCACUAAUCCAGUGAUUUAAAGCAGGGCUAAAUAGAAACACCUGAUAACUUUUUUUUCUAAAAAAAAAAAAAAAGAAAAUGACUUACAUGGCAUUCAUUCAUACUAGAGACACAACUAUACAUUUUAAUAUGAUUAAAAAAAUGAUGGAAUGAGACCUUUAAAUGUAUUUAUUAUCUUUUUUUAUCCCAGUGUUCACCUUCUCUUGCACAUAAAGUUAGUUUUAAGUUGUUAAAAAUAUUAAAUCUCCCCUCCUAAAAUUCUCUGUCCAAAUUAAGACUAAGGUUAUUCAUAAUUAUUGAAGUUAAUUGUUUGAAACAUGAUGUGGAUACUGAUGACCUGAUCAUGUUGCAGGACUUUUACUUCAAGCUUUCUGCAGAAAAGAUUGGCUUAAUUUACAUUUACUAAAACAUACAGCUAAAAAUACAUUUAGGCCUUUUAAAACAUAUAGAUUAUGGGUGAAAGUUGGGCCAAACUUGAUAAAAGUUUGGUUUAAACUGAUCUUGAAACCAUGACACUGUAUUCAUUCCUUAAAAACUUUACACAGUAGCAACUCAAAUUUUUAUAUGUUGUAUAUACAGCUCUGGAAAAAAUGAUAAGAUCACUUCAGUUUCUCAAUCAGUUUCAAUUUAUGGGUUUAUGUUUGAGUAAAGUGAACUUAAAAAAAAAAAUAUUCUCAUUUAGAGCAUUUAUUUGCAGAAAAUGAGAAAUAGCUGAAAUAACAAAAAAGGUGCAGAACUUUCAGACCUCAAAUAAUGCAAAGAAAACAACAAGUUCAUAUUCAUAAAGUUUUAAGAGUUCAGAAAUAAUCAAUAUUUGGUGGAAUAACCCUGGUUUUUAAUCACAGUUUUUUUUUUUCAUGCAUCUUGGCAUCAUGUUCUCCUCCACCAGUCUUACACACUGCUUUUGGAUAACUUUAUGCUGCUUUACUCCUGGUGCAAAAAAAAACAUUUAAGCAGUUCAGUUUGGUGGUUUGAUGGUUUGUGAUCAUCCAUCUUCCUCUUGAUUAUAUUCCAGAGGUUUUUUUAGUGGUCUCCUAUGUUUUCCAGAGCUGUAUUGUCUCUAUAUUUGGCUCUUUUUUAUAUUUGAUAUAAUUAGGAAGGUAUUUCCUUUUUCCUUCUACUAUAAAUUUACCAUUUUGAAGAUAUACCUUUUUACGAGCCUGCAAAACUAUUUGGGUGCCCAAAAACAUUUCUUUUCUUUUUUCUAUACCUUUUAAAAGAAGAUGAGUCGGGCCACAGACUGUGUGUGUGGUGUCUCAGUGGUCUAUAAGUGAAGGCAUUGAGCAGUUUGACUGCGUUCCCACAGAGAAUUAAAUAACAUUAAACAAAUGUUUACUCUCCUCACAGCAUUACAGCUGGUGUGCGUGUGCUGAGUGUGCUUGAUUGGAUGAUAAAACAGGCUUUUUUCAUAUUUUAUAUUCGCAUUUGACUGUGCUUUUGAGAAUUUUAUUCAGUAUACUGACUGAAAAACCCCCUGGGCUUUGUAUAUGACGUGCUAUUGAUUAGCAUUGUAAAGCUCUAUUGUACUCAUAUGCAGGGAGGAACAUGUUAAACGCUCUCUCUGCUGAUACUUUUGCAGGAGUCGAAUCAUAACUUAAUGUAAAUGAAUUUAUUUAAUACCAAAAAAGUGAUGUCUUGUACUGUAUGACUGACUGACUGAUAUCUGUUUUCCUUUCGGAACAGAGUGGAGUAAAUUGCGAGGAGUAGUACUUUGUGUUUGUAUAAAGAUUUAAUUUAUAUCUGCGUUGUAAAUAAGUUGUGAUGAUUUCUGAUUAAAUAUUGUUUUACUUGUGUAAACGUAA